AUGAAUAGAAAGAAAUUGAACAGCUACCGUAGGAACGGCACAUGGCUUUCAUUUACCUGCUGUAUACCUCAGUUUACAGACAGCUUUUUUGAGGAUUCGGUGAACAAAAAUGUACUGAGUGUUAUGAGUGAUGACGAUUCGAUACCUGACUCAUUGGAAUGGUUUUCAGGGAAUAUAAGCAGCUACUAUAAUUCCAACAUUAAAAUCGCUCAUCUGAAUAUUAACUCCAUUCAAAACAAGCUCGAUGAGAUUAAAGAAAUGUUGAACCGGAAUAUGUUUGAUAUUCUAUUUAUUGGCGAAACUAAGCUGGACGGAUCGUAUUCCUCUAGUUUACUCUAUCACCCAGGAUACCGGAUUGUACGACGAGAUCGGAAAAAAGGUGCAGGUGGAUUAAUGGCGUUCAUACGGGAAGACUUGUCUGCCUACAGGCGUCAAAAAUUAGAGCCGGAGUCGGUCGAGGAAAUAUGUUUAGAUGUUACGGAUUUUAGAAAGUGCCGUUUAAUUGUCUGUGCAUGCUACAGAUCCGAGAAUGUCAACAAGCCUGCAGAAUUUAUAUCUUCGCUGAGUUCUGCAAUCGAACUGAUGUUUAGGUGCCGCCAAGAGAUAAUUUUAAUAGGAGAUUACAAUUUGGACAUGCUUGUUAAUGAAGAUGAAGGAAGAAGGAAAAACAAGGCACUCAGGGAUUUGUGCGACAGGUUUUGUUUAUUCAAACAAAUUACCGAACCUACGAGAAUUACGGAGAAAAGCCAAUCAUUGAUAGAUGUUAUCUUGGCCAGUCAUCCUGAACGUUUCGCCACCAAUGGCAACUUGCAUCUUGGAGUUAGUUAUCAUGAUUUAGUAUUCGCCACCAGUGGCAACUUGCAUCUUGGAGUUAGUGAUCAUGAUUUAGUAUUCGCAGUCAGGAAACAGAAAACUCCAAGACCAACCGCACGCGAGAUUGAAUAUAGAAAUGUUGAUGACCUAUGGGAUCACUGGGCGAAGCUUUACUGCAAGGUGUUGGACAGACACGCUCCUCUAAAGAAAAAGUGGAUCAGAGGUGACCAGCUGCCGUGGAUCACUCCUGAAUUACAACGUGAAAUUUCUCGGCGAAGUCGACUGUUCAAGAAAUACGCUCGAAAUCCAACUGAUUCUUCUUGGGAAGAAUACCGUAAACAGAGAAACAAAGUAACUUUAUUAAAAAGGAAAGGGGUGAAGUCGUUUUGUGUUGAUGCUUCCUUGAAUAAAAAGCAUCAUGGAGAAUUUUGGAGGAAAGUGAAACCGCGUCUACCAAGUAAGGGGAAGACCCAGUCCAAGAUCGUUUUGCAGGAGAACGAGCAAUUGAUUACGGACCCCAGGUUUGUUGCUGAGAUAUUUAAUGAUUAUUCUUGUGACGCAACAACAAGUGACGGCGCUCAGAUGAGUGUGGAUGAAUUAACAGAUCACCCUAGCGUCAAGAGGAUUCCUGAACAUUUCGGACAUGCUAGCAACUUUGAUUUUCAGCUGAUAGAGGCGGAAUAUUUGAAGGACAUACUGCUGAAGCUUAGUCCAAGGAAAGCUGUAGGAUGCGAUAACAUAUCGCAAAGAUUAUUGCGUAUCACAGCUCCCGCCGUUGCACAGCCACUGAAAUGUUUGAUUAACUAUUUUAUAACAAGUUGCAGUUGGCCUAUGGUUUGGAAUGUGUAG